CCACAAACUAGAGUUGCCGCCACCAGCGAGCGGCUUGACCUCAGGCAGGUAAGGGUACUCCGUUCUUCGUCCGUGUAACUCUUUGCACUGUGUCCCGGCAGCCGCAGCGACGAUUUUACCCAGUUGCUAAGAACACUCGACAGGCGGCCACCCCCCACCAAGGAAGAGACACUCGGCGCGGCUCAGUGUGCUCAAGCGGCCAAGCAGAGAGCGAGAUCAACCAAGGGCAGCCAGCAGCCAAAACGCAAUUUUCUACUCUGCGACCCUCGCUCCCGCCUCAAUUACCCCAUCCUUUCAGUCGCUUGACCGGCCCCGACGUACCCUUUUUUUUUGUUCCGAGUACCAGCGUCCUGGCUGUAUCAUGGACAGCCAGACCAUCGUUUCCAACGGCAUUUCCCAACGUCGGAGACUCACAAAAAAGCCCCCAUCAGCCCACCACCACCACUCUAGCUCCUUCAGCUUCGAUGGUCGGAUUGACGCCCAAUCUCUAGGGAGCAAAAGAAGCUCUACCAGUUUGAGAAGGGCCCCCAGUGCUCCGCUCUCCACUACUGCAAACGCAAACGCGUCCGAUCUCUCGUCGCCACGCUUCCCCGCCGCACCAUCAACAACUUCCACCUUUGCAGCCCGAUCGCAGCCCUCGCCGCCGUCACCCAUUCUCCCGGGCAGCCAGUUUAUGGCUGCAGCCUCGUCGUCACAUUCGCACUUCCAGUCACAAUCUCAUCCAUUCCCUCUCCACUCUGCCGACGUCCAGCCACCCCGCGACCCGGCCACCACCGCCCGACCCCUCAGUUCAAAGACGUCAGACGAACUCAUUGGCGCCCCCUUUGACGGCACAGCAAUUCUCAAUCGCAUCGAGGCGACUAAAUCACCGACGCACAACCACAGCCAGCCCCCACCGCGUCCCGCUCCUCCUCCACUCCCACUCUCGCUUUCGCGUUCGCCGUCGCAGGCACAGGCGCAAUCGUACGCGCUUGCGAGUCCCGAAUCAAGGGGCUUAGGAAUGGGAUUUACACCAGCUCUCCGCCAGUCGGGGAGCUUCUCGACAGCCAUGACAGACCAGACAUUAGUCAAUGAGAAGCCGGGCGUCACCAGGUCCGACAGUGUCGCGGCGCUACCCAAGAGAUAUUCGGACGAGACGAGGGAGUCGAAACUUCCGAGUAUGCUGAGGAAAAAGUCGGGCUUCUCGGGUUUUAUGAACAGCUUGGUGGGCUCUCCAAAGAAGCCCCUAAUCUCGGCGCCCGAGAAUCCGGUGCACGUAACACAUGUCGGCUACGACAGCUCUACGGGCCAAUUCACGGGAUUGCCCAAGGAGUGGCAACGACUCAUCAGCGAGAGUGGCAUCACAGAGAAGGAAAGGGGAGAGCACCCCCAAAUCCUCGUAGAUGUCUUGACAUUUUAUAAAGAAACGACCGAGAAGCCGCAAGAGGACCAGCAGUUAGAAAAAUUCCACGAUGCGAGGACAGGAGAUUUUCGCGGUUUGGCAACAACGCCAUCGUCCGCGGGGCUUCCUUCUCCAGGAAUGAUGCCGUCGGGUUACAGUUCAAUGUCGCCGAUGAUUAGCCCACCGGCCAGCCCGAGAUUUCCUACGGUCAAUCACCAGGGCAGCUUUGAGAACCCACGAGCUCCGCCUCCAGUACCCAAAGGUCCCGGACCUCUCCCGCCCAAGGAUCUCAACUUGAUGCCCAGCCGUCCUGCGCCCAAACCCCCGACGAGUCUCGCGACACGGACGGCUCCCCAUUCCCCAUAUCCCGCCAAAGAUUCUGGGAUCGGCCUGCCACCACCUGGCGAUGACGCUACGAGUCCGUCGUAUCUCCCACCCAAGGAUUCGGUACCAAUGCUGCCCGAGGAACAUAGAUCAAGAUCAAAUUCGCGAGCAAAUGGCGCCUCGCCAUAUAUGCCAUCGCAGCAGUCCGCUUCCGUCAUCUCCCCGACCACCCAAGCAUCAUACCAGCAGCAGUUGAUGCAGCAGCAACAGGAGCAAGCAAUGGCGCAGGCGCAGGCAGCCAUGACUGGGCAACUUGGAAGAGCGGCUAGCAAGAGACAACCACCGACUCCUCCAUCUUCGCAGCAACUCCAGCACCCGCGGCAAGCAGAGACAAAUGGUUCUGGAAGGGUACCUCAAGCUCAAGCUGGGCUUCAGCAAAGUGGCGCAAGACCCCGGCACCGGCCGCGACAGAGCAAUGGCAUGGACGUGACUGCUGCCUUGAAGAGCAUUUGCACUCCAGGCGACCCGAGGCAGAUUUACCGCAGCUUUACUAAAAUUGGCCAAGGUGCCUCGGGAGGCGUGUACACCGGCCAUGAGAGGGGGAGCAACAGACUAGUCGCGAUCAAGCAGAUGAAUCUGGAGCAGCAACCCAAAAAAGACCUUAUCAUCAAUGAGAUUUUGGUCAUGAAGGAAAGCUCGCACCCCAAUAUCGUCAAUUUUAUCGACAGCUAUCUAUGUGGGGGAGAGCUCUGGGUGGUGAUGGAGUUUAUGGAGGGAGGAAGUUUGACCGACGUGGUGACGUUUAACAUCAUGAGCGAGGGGCAGAUUGCCUCUGUUUGCCGAGAAACGCUUCGAGGUCUCCAGCACCUUCACUCGAAGGGUGUUAUCCACAGAGAUAUCAAGUCGGAUAACAUCCUCCUCAGUAUGGAUGGUAACAUCAAGUUGAGUAAGUCAAUCCUGUGCCACCAUAUCAUGUCCCAUCCUAUUUUGUAUCCUUCGCUUACCCAUAUCUUUCCCGCCAUAGCCGACUUUGGAUUCUGUGCAACGAUCAACGAAUCGCAGAGUAAGCGUACGACAAUGGUCGGGACACCGUAUUGGAUGGCCCCCGAAGUUGUCACACGGAAGGAGUACGGCCGGAAAGUCGACAUCUGGUCACUCGGGAUCAUGGCCAUCGAAAUGAUUGAGGGGGAACCCCCAUAUCUGACAGAAACUCCACUCCGGGCGUUGUGGUUGAUAGCAACCAACGGCACGCCGCACAUCAAAGACGAACAGAGCCUGACGCCCGUAUUCCGCGAUUUCCUUUACUUUGCUCUCAAGGUAGAUCCGGACAAGCGGGCAAGCGCCGGCGACCUUUUAAUGCACGAUUUCAUGAAAGAAUGUGUCGACCUAUCGUCACUGGCGCCACUAGUCCAAGCCGCGCGAGAGGCACGAGCACAAGAGAAGGCUCGUAAAGGCCAAUGAUCCCUUUUCUUUUAAUCAUCUUUUGUUUUAGCGAAUAUAACG